UUAAAUUUGUUAUCCGUUCAUUCACCUUCAGCUUCAAUCAAAGCUCACACCUUUCUCACCAUAAUUUUCUUCCAAUUCCCCAAAAUAUCAUCAAUCAAUGCGUCAACUUUAACACUUCAUUAAUUUCCAAUCUCUUACAAAGUUUUUCCGCUACAAAUCACACCUCCAGCAAUGUCGCCGAUUCGCCGGAGAACGGCGCAGUCGGCCGGCGACGAGAAUGAAUUCGAGAGCAUAUGGAAUCAGACGAUGCUCGUUCCAUCAAGACCUCCGCUCAACUCGAUUCCUGACCCAUCCCAAUACCAAUCGCAACUAUCUCAGCUCCACUUUGAAGAGAAGCCCGAGUCGUCUCGUAGGAGAAAACAUGAGGGAGUGGGAGAAAGGCAGGUCAUUUCGGCUUUUAUGAGAACUCCAAAGGCUAAUGGCAGAGCUAAGCCUGCUAGUUCGGAGCCUAAUUCAGCCCAGAGCACUCCGGCGAGAAGUGGGCAUAGGGUUUCUUUCGCUGGCUCUACUCUUACGAGGUUGCCGUCUCAAUUUAGUAAUGGCGGAGGAAGAGCAGGCCUACUGCACCGGGAUUCUAAUUCUAGGAGGUUUUCUAUUGCGACGCCUCAGCAAUUGUUAGCUGAUGUUCCACAUUUUGAGCUUGAUGAUGAUCCCUCCUUCUGGAAUGACCAUAAUGUGCAGGUUUUAAUUCGGAUGAGACCGUUGAAUAGCUCUGAGAUGGUCUCACAAGGAUAUGGGAGAUGCUUGAGGCAAGAAAGUCCGCAUACAGUAGUUUGGCAAGGCCACCCUGAAACCAGAUUUACAUUUGAUCAUAUAGCUUGUGAAAGCAUAUCGCAGGAAAAGCUAUUCAAAGUUGCUGGACUACCCAUGGUGGAUAAUUGCAUGUCUGGGUAUAACAGCUGCAUGUUUGCUUAUGGGCAGACUGGUAGUGGAAAGACAUAUACAAUGAUGGGCGACAUUGAUAAGAUGGACGGAAGGCUUGGUGAGGACUGUGGGAUAACUCCGCGCAUUUUUGAGUAUCUAUUCUCAAGGAUAAAAAAGGAAGAAGAGAGCAGGCUGCAAGAGAGAUUAACAUACAGCUGCAAAUGUUCUUUCCUAGAGAUAUACAAUGAGCAUAUAACUGACCUUCUUGAACCUUCGUCUACAAAUCUACAGCUUAGAGAAGACUUGAAGAAAGGAGUAUAUGUUGAAAAUCUUAGUGAGCACAGUGUUAGAACAGUUAACGAUGUGCUGCACAUUUUACAACAGGGAGCUGCAAACAGGAAGAUAGCUGCCACUUAUAUGAACAGCGAGAGUAGCCGAUCUCAUAGUGUUUUCACAUGCGUUAUUGAGAGCCGUUGGGAGAAGGAUUCAAUGGCCCAUCUUAGAUUUGGAAGGUUGAAUUUGGUAGACCUUGCUGGUUCUGAGAGACAGAAGAGCUCAGGGGCAGAAGGAGAUCGAUUGAAAGAAGCUGCAAAUAUUAACAAGUCACUAUCAACUCUAGGACUGGUCAUAAUGUCUUUGGUGGAUUUAGCGCAAGGGAAACAUCGACAUGUGCCUUACAGAGACUCCAGGCUGACAUUUCUUCUUCAGGAUUCUCUUGGUGGAAAUUCCAAGACAACCAUCAUAGCAAAUGUCAGCCCAUCUAUUUGCUCUGCAAAUGAGACUUUGAGCACUUUGAAGUUUGCACAACGUGCUAAGCUUAUCCAGAACAAUGCUAAAAUAAAUGAAGAUGCUUCUGCGGGUGUCAUUGCAUUGCAGCACCAAAUCCAACAGUUAAAGGACCAGCUGUCUUUCCUGAUGAAGAACCAGAACAAUCCAAUGGAACUUAGAGACAUUGUUCCUGGAACUGAACAACGCUUGGGUUACUUUUCUGAGGUUCGUAAGCCUACUAAGGAAAUCAAUGUUCGUGAUGUGUGUGAGACUCAGAAGGGAGAACUUACGAAGAACAAAUACUUGAAAGCUACCCUUCACAGUGCCCUACGGCGAGAGAAAUUGGCUGAGACAGAAAUCAGAAGCCUGAAAGUGGAAAUUGAACACUUAAAUCGUCUGGCUCACCAGCAACAAGAAGAAACUCAGCGUACUAAGAUGAUGCUCAAACUCCGGGAGGACAAGAUAAAACGCUUGGAAUUCCUAUCAGAUGGAUUGACAUCUGCUGAUAAGUUCUACUUGGACGAAAAUAGUGCUUUAAGAGAGGAAAAUCAGUUGCUUCAAGCAAAAAUUGGAGAACAUCCAGAAGUCAUAAGAUUUGCAAGGGAGAAUAUCAGAUUGCUCGAGCAAAUCAGACUGUUUCAGGAGUUCUAUGAACAGGGUGAAAGAGAAACAUUACUAGCUGAAAUCUCAGAACUGCGCAAUCAGCUUUUGGAAUCACUCGAAGUUAGAAAGGGCCACAUUCAUCACCAGUUCUCUCCAAUGAAAAAAGAUCAGGAACCACAAGUCACAAAAGAGUUAGAACUAUGCAAGCACAUGAAUUCGAAAUUACUCAGGGAAGUUGAUGAAUUACAACAGCGACUGUUAAACAGAAGGGACUCUAGCCAAGAUACUUUCAACUCUAUGGGUAAUCUGUCACUAGGUAAUGAUAGUGUUGAUGAAGUAACAUCCAAGAGUCUUCACAAGAAUGAAGUUAUUGAUGGCAAAAAUGAUGAGAAGGACUGCAGGUUGAAAAAUCAGUGUGAGGACUUAGAGAAACAACUGAUGGAUGCACAAGCUUUGAUUGAAACCAUGAAACUGGAGCAGUUCCAGCUACUCAAAGAACUAGAAACUAUCCAAACCGAAAAUCAGAGCUUGAUGAAUAUGCUGGAAAGGAAUCAAUGUCUUCAUGACAGUAUUGAAGAAACUGAAGGCACUAGCAUCUUGGCUCUGCAAGAUAAGUUGGAAAAAUUGACUAAGGAGCUAAAGGAAGCGAAGAUACUUAAUAAACAACAUAUUGAAGAUCAUGCAAUGCAAUCUUCUGAACAUCACCAAACUGAACUGGUUCGUAGUGAAGUUGAAAUGGAAACUACAAGAACAAUCAUACAUUUGCAGGAGGAAAUAGAUAGAUUACAAUCAGAAUUUAAGGUAUGCUUGUGCUCUAUGACUGAAGAGAACUUGAGUCUCAGAAACAGUGUAGCAGCUAAGGAGGAGGAACUAAGAGUAUUCUGUGCAGAGUGGGAACGGGCAAUCUUGGAGCUAACCACAUUCCUCAUAGAUGGUUCUAGAUCCCUACGAAAUGCAUCUCAUCAGAUAAAGAAUAUCUCAUCAUCAUUUCCAAAUGUCAAUGGUUGGAUCAAUGAACACGUGGAGAGAGCUGCUCAAGUGUCUGUUGAAAAGGAAGAAACCAUUUUGCUUCUUCAAAAAAGUUUGGAAGAUGCACAGAACACUGUGAGGCAUAUAGAAGAUAAAUUAUGCUCCUUAAGGGGAGCAGCAAUUGCUCUAACUGAGCUUCAGUGGCCAGAGAACACUUCAGAGACAGAGGAAAUCCAGAUGUCUAGAAUGCCAAAUGAAUCAACUCAAGUUGAAGAGUUUCCCAAAAAUAGAUCCCCGUCUAGAAAGAGCCAGGCUGUAUAUUGUUCUACAAGCACUUCUGGAGUCAUGGGUGGAGGACUUGAUCAACCAACAAGUGGAAGAACUGAAGCAUGCAUAAACAUUUUUGGAGAGUUGGCUGUUGAGGACAAACAUAGCCUGCCAAAUAGCUUUUUUGCAAAAUGUGAAGAGGCUUUUGCUGCCAUGAAAGAGGCUGACCACACCUUAAAGGCAAUGCUCAAGGCCAAUGGAAAUGCAAACACAUUGACAACAAUGUGGAAAGAAGCAGCGGAGGAAUUGCUGUCAAAUAGUGCUAGCUUGAGUGAUGAGCCAGAACAGUUAAAAUCAUGUGUUUUUAUGGGAGAUGGGGAGAAAGAAGUACUAAAGAAUACAGUCCAGUUUAGCUUGAAUGAAAAGGAUUGUAUGCUGACUUUUCUUGAAGAAAGUUUUCCUGCAAUGCAAAUAGAAGUUGAAAAAUUGUUUGGGACGACGUGCAAUGAUGCCAAAAAAGUUGUUGAAGAGACUCUGGCUUUCUUUGGUAGCUUCAGAUUAUCCUUGGAAGACUUAAUGUGCAAAGCUUUGGGGAAUGAUAUUACCAUACUUGUGCUACAGUUACAAAUAGGAGAGUACUCUAAAAAAUUCAAAAGCACAACUUCAAAUUCUCUUAGAUCCAUACUCCAAGAACACUCCCUUGCUUAUGAUAAUCUUAAACAAGAUCAUGUAAGUUUUGUUCGUAACCCAGUUCUUCAACCUGUGAAUUAUGGAUGUGAAGGAUCACAGGUUGCAUGUGUAUCAAGAGAGGAAAUCAAAGAGUUUGAACUGGUUGAUGGUGAUACUUUGGAUGAGCACUCUAAACUCCAGAGAGAGCUCCAACACAAAGAUGUUUUAUUGAAAGGGUUACUAUUUGAUUUCAGUUUGCUCCAAGAAUUUGCUUCCGACAGGAAGGACAUCAAGGAUGAAUUGGAAAAGUUAAUUGUUGCCAUGCGAAACGUUCAGCAGGAGCUGCAGGUCAAAAUUAUUGAACUCAACGACAUUCUUGUUCAGAAGUUUAAACUUGAAGACCAUUUGUCUGAAGCUGAGCAAGACUUAUUCGAUUCAAACUCUGAAUUAAGUCGGGCAAAAGGGACCAUAGAUGUAUUGUCAGAGAAGAAUAUUGCGUUAAAGGAUCUUUCACAAGAUUUGUAUUUGAAAAACUCUGAAACUGAGCAGCAACUUGAAGAUCAAAGAAAAGCUAUCCAAAGUUUGGAGAAAGAAAUAGUACGAUUAUCUUCAUUACAAGAGAUACAACCAGUUUGGUCAAUGGAAGAUUAUGAAGGUGCUUUAACAGAGAUGACAACUGAGAGACAACUUCUCCUUGAAAAGUUAAACUCUUUGCAAGAUAAGUUGGAUAUCGCAUCUGCUUUAGCUGAUGAGAAUCAAGCUAUUGCUGUAGAAGCCCGCCAGGAGUCAGAGACCAGCAAAUUGAAUGCUGAGCAAAAAGAAGAGGAGGUUAAGAUUUUAGAACGUUCUGUGGAGGAGCUUGAGAGCACCAUCAAUGUACUGGAGAAGAAAGUGCUUGAAAUGGAAGAAGAUGUAGAACAACAGAGGCUGAUAAGGGAUUCUUUGGAGUUGGAAAUUCAAGAACUUAGAGACAGAUUAUUAACUGUUGAAGACCUCACAGAAAGUAUGACUUCUGAGAGCUCUUGUUCUGCAGUAUUUGAGGAACAACGUUCAAGGAAGUUGCAUCACAGAUCUCUGGAAAUUAAUGAGACCCGUAGCCGCAUAAGAUUUCUUGAAGAGGAGAAUGCAAAACAAGCUAAAGAGAUCAGACAGUUCAAAGAUUAUAUUUCUGAACUUAUUCUGCAUGCUGAAGCACAGGCAUCUCAGUAUCAAAAGAGGUAUAAGACCUUGGAAGCAAUGGUUGAUGAAGUUAAAACAGAUGUAGCAAAUGUAUCUGCUGGGCAAGUCUCAGAACGAGGUGAUAAAAUCACAGGAAGAACUAGAGGUUCGAGUUCACCAUUCAGAUGCAUCAGUACUCUGGUCCAGCAGAUGAACCAAGAGAAGGAUCAGGAAUUGUCAAGUGCUAAUCUUCGUAUAGAAGAGUUGGAGGCAUUGGCAGCCUGUAGGUAUAAAGAGGUUUGUUCGCUGAAUACUAAACUGGCAAGUGCUGAAAGCAUGACACAUGAUGUCAUUCGUGAUUUACUCAGUGUCAAAUUGGACAUCUCGAAUUAUGCUACUAUCAUUGAGCAGCAUCAACUGCAAAAGUUGAUUGAGGAAGCUCAUCAACACAGACAAGAUUUUGCUGCUAUGGAGCGCGAAAUUGUCAACCUGAAGAGUAAAAUUCACGAGUUACAUGAAGAACGAGAAAGAUGCAUUUCAGAAAUCAAUAAAAACAACGCAGACCAACUUACCAUUCAAAUUGCCUUUGAACAAUUACAAGAACGAGAUCAGAUGUUGAUCGCACAAAACGAUAUGCUUAAGAUGGACAAAAGUAAUCUACAAAAGAGGGUUGCUGAACUAGACGACAUGGUGAGAAAGUUAUUCAGCAUGCAGGAGUCCCAACCCCAGAGCUGGAACCAACCUAGAAACUCUAGUUUCUCAAGGUCAUUCGGAUUUGAUCUUUCUGAGAGGUUGGCCAAUUCACAGAAAGUGCUUUCAAGAGUCAACAAUCAACUUGCUCAGUAUCGUAGACCUGAUGGUACCAGCCCAGAUGCCAAUGUUCAUGCAAAUAAUCAGUUGAAAGGGUGCAGAAGUCGUUAUCAUAAUCAUUUGUGAUGGUGAAGAGUUGCUUUUUCCCAAGGCUUCCCAUGAACAGAUGGAAUGGCUGUCUAAAAAAGUCUUCUAGUAUGUAUAUUCAGGCAUCUUGCUCAUACUGAUGUAUAGAGUUAUUGUGUGUGUGGGUGUGGGUGUGUUUAUAGUGUAAAUUGCUCGAGUUAGUUGUUGUAAUUGAGCUGCAUAGCUAAGAGCUUGCCAUUCUGGUUUUCCUCAAAUUCAUCUGGCAAUCAAUUUGUUAAUUCGAUUGCAGCAAGUUUGUUUCUAACUAGACAGUGUUUUAUUGUAAACACAGUACAUAUCGUACCAUCAUUGAUAAAGAAAGUAUUGUAUGCGGUUUGGAUUCA